CUCUUCGGACUUGCAUAUUUACACGCGCAGGGUGUCCUGCACCGGGAUAUCAAGGGUGCCAAUAUUCUGACAACUAAGACUGGGGUGGCAAAGGUUGCCGACUUUGGAGCACGAGCAGCGUCGUUCGGGUGUGGCGCGCUCGAGGAAGCCGUCGUCGGUUCGCCCUAUUGGAUGGCUCCAGAGAUUAUCGAGAUGUCUGCGCCACCAUCGGCCGCAUGCGACAUUUGGAGCCUC